CGUGAGCAUCAAACAUUAUGCUGUCUCCGGCUCGGCUCGACCGGUGCGUUAGACCGUCGUUGUUUGGUUAUCGCAGGCCGAUGACCCGCCGUUGGUGAUAACCUUUCCGGCGGUGGUUCCACCACGGCACGCCGAUGACGAUGCUGAUGGUACGCGGUAGCGUACCGAUAGGACAUCAUCCGGGACCCGAUGGUCGCGACAGCAAGGUGCAGCAAACAGCCGGACAAUAGCGCCUAGGCCACGCAGUACUUACGCAGCAAUCCGCACGGUAGCGCCACAGGAGCACGCGUGAUCGGGUUGGGCCCGGUCGAGCCAGUUGUUGCGUACGGAACCCUCUACGCCCUUACCACCGUGCCCGGGUGCCGUGCGCCAAAGGACACUCGAUCAACUCCUGCGUGUGCGCGUGUGCCAAGUGCAAAGGAGCCUUCGAAUUGCACGGUGUGCGUAAUCCAAACUCGCUUCGCGUCGCCGGUUUGUGUCGGAGAGCCGGUUUUGUGUCGGACCGGUUUUGUGUCGGAGAGAGGGGAGGGAGGGCGUUUGUCAUCCCAUACCAAGGAAGGCGAGCAAGCGAGAUAUACCGCGUCGCACAAUAUGCUGAGACAGACGGCGAAAAGAUAUAUUGCGCUCGUUCCGGCACACGCCACCGUACGCAGCUUGUGCGCGGCUACGGUAUCGAGGGGUGCGGAAUCGCGACAGACCGCUAGAACAACGAACAACGCCGGCAUCACUCCAGUACUCCAAGCUAACGAUACCAGCAGCAGUGUGCUAGCGCGAGCUUCAAUUUGGCGCAGAUCUGUGGCCAACAUUCGAUUCGCCUCGUCGUCUUCGUCAUCAUCAUCGACGCUACCGAAAGCAUCAUCCAGCAUGGCCGGCAAUGCGCAGCUGCUGCACGCUAACCUGUGGGAGCAGGACCCGGAGCUGAUGGAUCUGAUACGCAAGGAGAAGAAACGGCAGACGCGCGGCCUGGAGAUGAUUGCCAGCGAGAACUUUACCUCCCUCUCGGUACUGCAGUGCUUGAGCUCCUGCCUGCACAACAAAUACUCGGAAGGUCUGCCUGGCCAACGAUACUAUGGUGGUAACGAGUUCAUCGACGAGAUCGAACUGUUGGCCCAGCGGCGAGCGCUCGAGGCGUACCGGUUGGAUCCAAAGCAGUGGGGCUGCAACGUGCAACCGUACUCGGGCUCGCCAGCCAACUUCGCCGUCUACACGGCGUUGAUCGAGCCCCACGGGCGUAUCAUGGGACUCGAUCUGCCGGACGGUGGCCAUCUGACGCACGGUUUCAUGACACAAACGAAGAAAAUCUCCGCCACCUCCAUCUUCUUCGAGAGCAUGCCGUACAAGGUGAACCCCCAGACCGGGCUGAUCGAUUACGACAAGCUGGAGGAGUCGGCUCGCCUCUUUAAGCCGAAGGUCAUCAUUGCUGGCAUCUCGUGCUAUUCGCGCUGCCUCGACUACAAACGCUUCCGCGAGAUAGCGGACCAGAACGGUGCCUACCUGUUCGCCGAUAUGGCGCACAUCUCCGGUCUCGUCGCGGCAGGUGUCAUCCCGUCACCGUUCGAGUACGCCGACGUGGUCAGCACGACGACCCACAAGACGCUCCGUGGGCCCCGGGCCGGUGUCAUCUUCUUCCGCAAGGGCGUCCGCAGCGUGAAGCCGAACGGCGAGAAGGUGCUGUACGAUUUGGAGUCGCGCGUCAACCAGGCUGUGUUCCCAGGGCUACAGGGUGGCCCGCACAACCACGCGAUUGCCGGUAUCGCGACCUGCAUGCAGCAGGCCAAGACGCCCGAGUUCCGCGCGUACCAGGAGCAGGUGAUCCGGAAUGCCCGGGCACUCUGCCAGGGGUUGCUCGAUGCGGGCUACUCGGUGGCGACCGGUGGCACCGACGUGCACCUCGUGCUGGUCGAUCUGCGCCCGGUCGGCAUCUCCGGGGCGCGGGCCGAGUACAUUCUCGAGGAGAUUUCGAUUGCGUGCAACAAGAACACGGUACCAGGUGACAAGUCGGCCCUCAAUCCGUCCGGCAUCCGGCUCGGUACGCCGGCCUUGACGACUCGCGGUCUGCUCGAGAGCGACAUGGCCCAGGUGGUGGCGUUCAUCGAUCGUGGUUUGCGCCUAUCGAAGGAGAUCGCCACCGUGACCGGCCCGAAGCUGGCCGACUUCAAGCGCAUCAUCCACGAGGACCCUGGUAUCGAAGCCGAGGUGCAGGCACUGCGUGCCGAGGUCGAGCGUUACAGUGCACAGUUCCCUCUGCCAGGCUACGAGAAAUUCUAAAGCCCACGCACACUACCGACUACACCAAUAAAAAAAAAACCCGCUGGCCAUUUUACAACAUUUUUUUUCCGAAAGGUAA